AUGGAAGACACUUACGGCCGUCUGAUCCUCGAUGUUGGACAAAAGACCGUCAUCAGUACCAGCAAUUGGGUCCUGGGCACGAUUUUGAUUAUUGUGGGAUUGGUGCAGGUGUUCUAUGGAUUCAAGUUCAUCCGGUUGACCCUUGUCCUUACUGGAUUCAUCUCCUGGGCCGUGGUAGCGAUAAUGGUCACAGUCGUCCUCCGCUGGGACCUCGUCUACUUCCUCUUUAAACCCUCCCACUCGUACUUCUGGAUCUGGUUCCUAGCCGGAAUCCUCGGUGCCAUCCUCUCUUUCCGCUACUGGGAUCUCGGUGUUGCCUUCUCGGGCGGCUUUGGAGGGUUCGCGCUCGCCAUGGGGAUCAUUGCGGCCGUCAGUGAUUCUCAUAACAUGACCAAUAUCCCACGGUAUAUCCUCCUAGCGGUUCUGAUUCUGCUUGGAGCCGCGAUCGCGAUCUUUUAUGAACGGUUCUCGAUUAUUUUGGGGACUAGUUUAGGAGGAGCCUUUAUGGUGAUGUUUGGGGUGGAUGAGUUCUUGCAGGCCGGGUACCGUGAGAUGAUUGUCAUUUUUGAUUUCGCGGGGAGAACGCUCCAAUACCGGCCGGACAAGACCGUGUUCAUCAUGAUUGGGUGUUCAUUGGCACUGGCCUGCUUAGGUAUCGCAUGGGAGUUCUGGCAUCAUGCCAAGCCGGUGUUGGUCGAUCGACGGGCGCUGUUUAGAAUUUAUGGUCGGCCGUUUGGAAAGCGCCCACAUAAGUUGGCGGGGCAGAGGUUGAAGAGACGGGUUACAAAGUCGGAUUGGUAUAGUUAUUUGGCGGGCUGUCUUUGUUUGAGGAGACGGACUGCUGAGGAGGUGUUGUAUGGAGAUGAUGAAAGCUAUGAUGAGGCCGCCAACGCCGCCGCCGCCGCUGCCGCCGUCGCUGCAGGAACCACAACUGCAACAACAACGGGACAGGUCAAUGAGGAGGACGAAAAGAGAGGGUCCACAACCUCUGACGGCGGCUUGGAGACCAUCGUCAUCGUCGUCGAUGAGUCCCAUUCCUUAGAAAAACCAACCAUCCUCCCUGGAUCAGAGAUUAUCUACGGUUCAGGAAUCGAAAGCCCCAUCCAUAGCAGCACUUCCUCCUCCUCCUCUUCUUCACACUCAACCCUCACCACCCAAACCGCACCUGUUGAAGUCGUCGUUACAGAGACUUCAGAAUCUGUCGACGAAAACGGUGCCCGGAUCGUCACCACUACUACCACCACCACCACUGCAACGUCGAGCGGAGGAGAACAGCACGAGCAGCAUUAUUCGUCAACGGAGAGCAGGACACAGAACUCUAAGUCAACGUCCUCCCACCUUCACCAGAUGACGGGCGAGAGUAGCAGCAGUCAUGCCCAGAUGACGCGCACAGAGUCGUCGGUUACCUCUUCCUCCUCCCAGUCCUCCCAGUCAGCCCACAUGGCAACAACUACCACCACAGCAGCAGCAGCCAGAUCGAUGGAGACGAGUCAAACUAGCACUAGCAAAACCCUCCUCCAGUCAAUGGCCGCCGCGCACCACUCGUCUAGUUCUAGGACCACAACCACUACUACAACCGACGGAUCAGGAACCAGCACCGUCGUCACAUCCCACUCUUCCUCAUCUCCUUAA